AUGUUACUCCUAACAGCAGAAUGUCUAUCUAUAGUUCUUGAGGAGGAGGCUCCCGAAAAACCUACUGGUGAUGACUAUGAUAAGCAGGAUGCCUAUGAGUACUUCCACUCGAGGGAUUCUAAGGCCAUGUUGUACAUUUUUGGAUCAGUUGACAAAUCGAUCACUGACUCUAUGAAAGGCAUAAUCUCUGCCAAGGGUAUGGUGGAUAAGCUCAAAGAGAUUUUCAGUCAGACUGACGUGCAUGAGCAUCAUGAGCUCGUUGGUCUUAUCCAUAAUGCCAAGAUGAUGGCAGGGACUCCGAGGAAUGUGAUUCUGAACUCUCUCCCCUCAAGCUAUAGCUUGUUUAUCUGCAAUUUCAACAUAAACAAACUAGAUGUUGAAUUGACUGAGCUAGGCAAUAUAUUGCAAGAGGCGGAGAAAGCUCAAAAGAAAGAAAAGGAUGAGGUCAAUGCUACAGAAGUCAAGUCUUCAACUUCUAAAAACAAAUGGAAGAAGAAGAAGGACAACAAGAGUAAGACUCUUAGGGGCAAGGGUGGGAAGAUACAGAAGAAGAAAGAAGAACCUAAGGGUACAUCCUUCUUUUGUAAGAAAGAGGGCCACUGGAAGAGGAACUGUCGUGUAUACCUGGCUACUUUGAAGAAGUCAGACGAAACUCCUAAAGAAGGUGUUCAAGACGACAAGAAGACUUGA